GGAGCAGAGCCAUCCCUGCUGCUGGUUUCACUCUCCUCUGCAAGGCUCUUCAUGCCCCUCUCCCACUUCACACCAUGUCCGGCCACACCACCAAUUUGAGGCUCAAGUUGCCACUGCUCUGUGCUCUCCUUCAGCUCCUCACGAUACUCCUCUUUGCUGUUUUUGUCCAGUAUGAUGACCAAACAAGUGCGAAGCUGUGGCAUGAGAAGAUGAAGCUCCACAACACGAGCCACCAAGACAACGAAUUCUACAGCCGCUAUCCAAGCUUCCAAGAUGUCCAUGUCAUGAUUUUCGUCGGCUUUGGCUUUUUGAUGACCUUCCUGAAACGCUACAGCUUUGGCGCCGUGGGCUUCAACUUCUUGAUAGCUGCUUUUGCCAUCCAGUGGUCUAUCCUCACCCAGGGCUUUUUGCACUCCUUCCACAAUGGCAAAAUCCACGUGGGAAUAGAAAGCAUGAUCAAUGCCGAUUUCUGUUCCGGGGCCGUCCUCAUAUCCUUUGGAGCCCUUCUUGGCAAGACGAGCCCUGCUCAGCUGCUGCUGCUGACCUGGGGGGAGGUCACACUCUUUGGCAUUAAUGAAUACAUCCUGCUCAGCCUCCUUGGGGCAAAGGAUGCAGGAGGCUCCAUGACCAUCCACACCUUUGGGGCCUACUUCGGACUGAUGGUCUCCCGGAUUCUUUACCGAUCCCACUUGGACAAGAGUCAACAACGGGAAGGUUCCACCUACCAUUCGGAUCUCUUUGCUAUGAUUGGAACUCUCUUCCUGUGGCUCUUCUGGCCAAGCUUCAACUCUGCCAUGACAGCGCAUGGAGACGACCAGCAACGGACGGUCAUGAACACCUACUUCUCCCUGGCUGCUAGCACCCUCGCAACCUUUGCCACAUCAGCCCUGGUGAACAGAGGAGGCAAGCUGGACAUGGUGCACAUUCAGAACGCCGCCUUGGCGGGCGGGGUGAUCGUGGGCACCUCUGCCGAGAUGAUGCUGACUCCCUUCGGUGCCAUGGCUGCUGGGGUCUUGGCCGGCUUCGUGUCAACACUUGGCUUCAAAUUCCUCACACCCAUUCUGGCCUCCAGGCUGAAAAUCCAGGACACCUGUGGGGUGCACAACCUUCAUGGCAUGCCAGGAAUCCUUGGUGCCCUCCUUGGUGCUCUGAUGGCAGCGCUGGCCACUCCAGAUGUCUACGGUGAUGGGAUGAGCGACAUCUUUCCUGUCGUUGCCUCCAGGGGACGGACUGCCGUGUCCCAAAGUGUCUUCCAGCUGAUUGGCUUAUUUGUCACUCUGGGAAUUGCGGUGAUUGGUGGAAGCCUUGUAGGUGUCAUCCUGAAGUUGAGAAUUCUUGGCUCUCCCACCGAUGCUCUCUGCUUUGAGGAUCAAAUUUACUGGGAGGUGCCUGAGGAACAUGACAAUGCCUUUCAGCGCCUGGAGGCUGGCAGCAUUCAAGAAGCCAGCAAAGACACAAGCGCCUGAAAGAACUCCAUUUAGGAGGCUACAUCAUCUGUUGAGGGAGGAGCAUCAGCAAAGGAUUUGGUCAAAAUACCACAGUGCUUGCCUAAAAUAAUAGUUUCUGGGAUGCCUGUGCUGGAAUCCUUGGUGAUAAAUUGGCUGUUAUGAUCAGUGGAGGAAGGAGAUGCAUUCUGUAUAUGCACAGAGGCACUUUUUAGUUAAUGUGUUCAAGAGCUGAGCCACAGUGCAUUGAAACAGAUCCGAAGACUAAGCACUGGUAAGCCAUGCUCAAAUGAGUUUCUUAACUCUUUGGAGGAGAGAGACCCCAAAUGCAACAAUCAAAAGGAAAUGGUCAAAUCUUUGACAUGUUGCAUAACACCAUCAUAGUUGUUUUUCACUUUAUGGACUUUUCCCUUGAACAGAAUUGCCACAAGAAAGUAGUUUGUUCUAAACCAAAGGAAACUGAACCCAACAUCAAGUUAGAAUAUAUAAUACCAAAGGAAAAGAAAAAUGAAAUAAAUAGAUUUCACCAACACUUUACAAAUUUAUACAACAGAUUUUAUAGCUGCAAAAAUUAAAAAUAAGCUGCUUGAUUACAUUCUGCAAUGCUUAUUGUGAGAGGCUGAUGGCUAUCUACUGCCAUCAAUGUGGAAUUCCAGCAGUCUUUAGCCAAAAUUGCAACUUGGCCUUCACUCUUGCAGAUGGGGCAAAUUCCAACAGAGAUCUUUGGCCGACCCAUUUGAAAACAUGAGCAAACAAACAUCAGGACAAAAAUGUAAAUUCAAGGGGGGGGAGUGGUUGAAAUAUUUAGUAAUAACUUUUUAAUGAAACAUUUGCUUGACUAUCAA